GAGAAUUCCCAGCCAUUUCGCUCUCUUGCGUGCGUUAUUGUCGCUUUGCUGCCCACAUUGUCAUAAUCGUCAAUCGUUGCGCGCCAAAAAAGUCUCAGUCGAGCUUUAUCUUUUGAAUGUCGCACAUCGUUUUAAAAUUGCACUGCUUUUCUGCUAAUGCCUGUUAAGCAUUAUGAAGUCUUUAGUGCUGUUUUCAAUCGCAAUUGCCCUUCCACUGUCGACCGGCCAAUAUUACAAGAAACCAGCGAGAAAGUGCUACACCUCAAAGGCGACCUGCGUGCCCAUCGAGUUCUGUCCCAAGAUCUUUGAGGCCCUACAUCGGCACUCGAAAAGCCGUUACCACCAUCGACAGCCGGAACGACCCGCCGAGGUCACGUGCCGCGAGUGCAAGCAGUACGAAGGUCAGCUAAGUGUCUUCUGUGAACCGGGCCAUUCGACCGCCUUGAAGGACUGUGUCACCGUCACCCAUCGGGAUGUUUCGGGACAGUGCAUUCCCGAGGAGUACUGCCAUCGUCCAUUGGCAAAGGUGCACCGAAAGUCGUCCGGUCAUGGUAAAGGAGAGCAAUCGAUCAGAAAAACUUGCUUCGAGGAAGAUACGAAAAAUUACUAUUGCUGUCCUCGAGAAUUACACUCCAGAAAGCCCAUCCCAGACGGAUCAGUUGAGAAUGUCCAUUCCAGAUGUCGUGACUCGCGCCGACGGCUCGGGCGUUGCGUUCCCGUUGGCCGGUGUGACUUCUUGAACCAGAUCAGAAACAUCGGAACGAAGGAAUCUUUUAUUCGCCUGAACCUAUGCAAAUCGGAUGCCCUGACUGGGCAAGGACGCUCAAUCUGUUGCGCGGAUGCUCCGGCUCAAACUGGCAACGGCCAACCGAACUGGAUAGAACACCCGAAAGCGGCCAGACUGGGCUUGCAAACCUGUGGAUCGGUGGCCAUGGAGGAUAACAUUUUCCGGGGUUCAAAGGCCGCAAUUGGCCAGUACCCGUGGAUGGUGAACCUGCUCUACUUAAAACGGGGACAGUAUCACCUUAAAGGAGCUGGCACGUUGAUCCAUCCCCGGUACGUACUGACAGCGGCGCAUGCAGUCAUUGGGAAUCUGAAAAAAGUCAGAUUGGGAGAGUACGAUCUUGCUAGUACCCUCGACUGUGAUGACGGAGUUUGUGCCCAACCAGCCAUAGACUAUCCGAUUCAUAAAAGAAUGAUCCACGAGUUCUUCCGCAAGACAUCGGACUACGAUAUCGCCCUUUUGGAGUUGUACCGGGAUGUCAAUCUCUUCCCGCAACAAAUCUACCCAAUCUGUCUGCCCCUGACCAAGAGUCUGCUGAUGUUGCAGCCCCGCCAGAUGACCGUGACUGGUUGGGGUUGGUCGGACCGGAACACCAGCGUGCUUCUCGAGGCCGACAUGCACGUCGUAGAUCGCGUCAAACGUAACUGCCCGGGUGAACCCACGUUCUGCGCCCGAGGCAAGAACUGGAGUGGCCACUGCCGGGGCGAUUCUGGAGGUCCGUACCAGACGAUUGUACCCGUUGAACAGGCGGGGCUCCGGUACGUUCAGUUUGGAAUUAUCUCGGCCGGAAGUGGACAAUGUACCGGAACGAAACUGGCACCGGGAGUAGGCGUAUCGGUGGCGUAUUACAUUAGGUGGAUACUGGAUCAUAUGAAUAUUUAGAUAUUAGGGUACGUUAUCCAUUAGUGGACCCCUUUCCUAUA